AUGGGUGGGACAUGCUCAAGCAUUCAACUAGGUGGUGAUGUCCACAUACCAGGAAACGGAAAUUCCGCCAUAAUAUUCAACGGCGUUCCGUACAAUAUAUCAAGCAUAUUUAACAAUGCUGUAAAUCUUAUCGUGCAGAAGUACCGAUUCGAAUCAAUUGUUAUCCAAUUUACGUCAAUCGGUCUGUUGACAAUAUCGUUAUGUAUGCUUAUUCUGUGUCUUGUAUCGAGAAAAGCAGCAAAGAAAAAUAUUCAACCUGUAAUCAAGAAGUGUGAAACACAAUUUGAAAUGAAUAUUGUGAAUGAAAAAAGUUACCAGACACUGCUGAAAGAGUUCGAUCGAGCUCUGGAAGUACUUGGAAAGUCUUUGAUAAACGAUAAUUACCCAUUACAACAUUUUUCACAGCCGUUAGAGUAUAUACAAAACACGUAUCAUCUAGCACGUUUAUCACCAAAUUUGCUUUCCGUCGUGCUAACCAAACUGCUGCAUAAGAAAUAUGCCAAGCUCUGUUUGACCAUUCUUACAAUGAAGAAUGUCAAUCCGUGUGAAAAUUCCGAAACAUGGCGAUCAAUCACUUGUGCAUUGAAUGGUUUGUGUUGUUAUAUGAGAAAAUCUUCGAAAUUAUGUUUCGCUGCAGUUGAUGCUGGAAUGAUCCCGAUACUUUCAACAGUAUUGUCUCAAAGAUCAUACUUGGAUGACUUAGACACUAAUACAUCAGUAUUGCUUUUAUUUCUGAUGGCUUCUCGAAUGUUCCAUUCUCUAGCUCAAAUAGAAGUGUUGAGAUAUAGACUGGAGAUACAUAACUGUUGUGAGACAUUAUUAAAUGUGAUUGUUCACACAAACAAUAAACUGUUACGAGCUAUUAAUAUAUUAACUGUAAGUCGAAUGACCAAAAAUGGCGUACAUAAAAUUCCAUUCACUUUUGAUGAUAGUUUAAUGUUAUUUCGUUUGUACUAUGAGUCAGUGAAAUCCGAUUUCCAAGAAGCCUAUGGACUUGAACAACAGGAUAUAUUGAAUGGAUUUUAUAACAUCGGUCAACUGGACUAUACUUCUUACGAUUUUAAAAAUAUUGAUUAG